AUGUACAGCUAUUACAAUUCAUCACGCUCGACGUCGAUGUCACCGACGAGGGACAACUCUCGUGAAAACGAGUUAAAAAUGGACUUGCAUGCGUACACAGACCCUGUACCAGCGACCGCCUCGCGUGAAAUAGAGAAGGAUGAGGGUUUUGAAGAGAAAGCUGUGCAUGGACAACCCAAACCAGAGUAUGAGAUCGCCGUGGCUAGCAAACCCCCCGCCAUAGAGGCUACUUCCAGUGGCAUGGAUAUUUGCAAGUUUAAUAUAGGCGGUGAUAGUAAACGACCAAAAUAUGCAACAGUGAGGAGUUUUCAGGGGAAGGUGUACGUUGACAUUCGGGAGUUUUAUGGUUCAGGAGGCCUUUUUUUUCCGACAAAGAAAGGGAUUACACUGCCAGCGAGUAGCUUUAAAUCUCUUCUAACGGUGGCGAAGAAAAUCAACGCAGGCAUCUAUCGAGGGGAACAGCUCGUUAAAAAACGACAGUAA